UGUGUACAGACUAUUCAACCAUAGACUACAGCAACCAUGAAGCUCAUUCUAAGUCUCGUGGGUGUGGCCAUUCUUGCGAGUUUCGCAUACUCCGCCUGUAUUGAUAACAACCAAAACUGUGACUACUGGAGAAAGGAAGGCCACUGUAAAGGUCAGUAUGAACCAUACAUGAAAAAAAAUUGUAAAAAGAGCUGUGGGUUAUGUGACGGAGGAGGAGGAGGCGGAGGAGGAGGUAGCGGUCAGUGUGGAUACAAACCAAGUGUGAGGAUUGUCGGUGGAACCGARGCACCAAAAGGCGCAUGGCCAUGGCAAGCACAGAUCAGAUCAACCUCUGGUUUUACAUAUUGUGGUGGYACGUUAGUCCAUCCUCAAUGGGUUGUGACCGCUGCCCACUGUGUCACUAAAAAGUCUGCUUCAAGUGUUCGUGUCAGGUUAGACGACAUUGUUAUACUAACUGCUAUAGAAGUAACGAGAUUUGGUACUCUGUCAUCAGGAGGAUCCUUGGCAAAGGUCUUGAUGCAAGUCAGUGUUCCUGUCGUUAGUCAGUCCACAUGUAAAAGAGCAUAUGGCUCUUCCAUUCAUGACUCUAUGGUCUGCGCUGGACUCGCCCGAGGAGGAAAAGACUCCUGUCAGGGUGACUCUGGAGGUCCUAUGGUCUGUGAGCAAGGAGGCAAAUAUUACUUAGAGGGGGUAGUGUCGUGGGGAUCUGGUUGCGCUAGUCCUGGCAAAUACGGAGUGUACGCACGUGUGAGAUACCUCAGAAAAUGGAUUAAUGACUCGAUGUCGCGAUACUAAAAUUGCAGUCGUUACUAUAAUAAAACACUUUAAAAAACA